UUGCUUUUUAGAAUUUUCCAGUCUACGAAUCAUGACGCCAAUUGGCCCGUGGUCAAUAUAUUAUAAUGGUCAAUGUUAAUCGAUCUUGAAUGUACCUACAGUGCCUCUUAAUGCAAGUAUAAGAGUGAAAAUCGGACAAAAUAUCGCGCGUUUCCGCUACGUAGAUACAUAAUUGCAAAAAAAUCAGUUUGGCCGUGUCUUGCCGUUUAAAACAUGUUCGUUCAUUGGUAGUUGAAUAUAUACACACGGACAAGCAUACUGAUGAAGCUUGUGGUUUAAGAUGUUUUGUCUGCAUUAUUAAAUGAAUUGAGAUGCAGCUACUGCCAGCCGCUUCGCAUCGCCGUAAAGAAAACAUGUAAGUUGAAAACACGAUGUGGAAUGUCGAACAGCCAGAAAUGAUUCACAGCAUUUACAAGCAGCAGGCAACCGUAGCUGGGGGACUCUAUCGUUUGAUUAUAUCAGUAGCUCUAUACAGCCGACAGUGGGCUGUGCUGUGAAGCGAUAAGAAAAUUGUCAUUGACUUAUUGGUGUUCGCGAUAAAUAAUGGGAAUAAAAUUGUCUUUGUGUAAUAUAUAGCCGAACUACAUCGGUACAGGCGCAUUGCGAAUCGAAAGAGGUAAGAUUUUGACCCGUAGAACGCUUGUAAAUCGUCAUUCGUAUCAGUAGAGCUCGGCUGCCAUUGGUAUAUUGCUAUGUUAUGGCCGAGACGACAUUUGUUCCCGGUAGUCUAUCUGGAAGUAAAAUAGCAGGGAAUAGAUCCCGAAGGCCACAAACUCAGCAAGCCGAACAUACUGCAUCAAGAUCGUCGCUCUACGCACCGGUAGCGUGGGUUCGACGCUUCAGCGUCGAAGAUAGCCUCAAAGUUGAUAAUGUACAGUUAAUGCCCAGCACGGGGCUCUGUUCGCUCGGGACCACUCUGAAGACGCUGCACGUAAUGGAGGUUGUGAGGAAAAUCAUCUUACAGCAUUUGCAAAGAUGUUCGACAGCCGCCUGUUGGCUGGGCUUCGUCGCCGCCGCACUGGCGGUCAUCGACGUCGAAAUCACACAUCGCCUACAUUUGAGGGCCGCCGAGCGGGGCGAGAGAAUCUCCUCGUUGGAUUUUGAAGAGCUGAGCGUAAGCGAGGUGGCGAGCGUUUUCAUCAAAUGCAUCAUCUCGCUGCUCACGCUCUUGAUCUGCAUCAAUGUUUACUUAACAUAUGUGAGUAUUUGCAAAUUCAAUAUCGCCAGAAAUCUCUUGCCGGAUUCCGCGACCGUUUUCAACUCAAACUUGCUAGUCUAUUAUCUACUCGAGAGUUGCAUGUGUCUGUUUCACGUGCCGCCUUUGGCCGACCGUUACUUGGGUAUGCCUUACAAACUUCAAUUGCUCGUCUUGAUGAGGAUGUACGUUAUCGCAAGAUACAUGAAGGAACACAAUCAAUUCACCCGGAAUAAAACGUGUCUCUUUUUAGCGUCUGUGACGCGAACCGAACUCUCGAAUAUGUUUCUAUUUAAAACGUUUCUUAAAAGAAUGCCGUUUCGCGUGAUCGUCACUACGUAUCUACUCAACAUCUUUCUUGGGGCUUAUAUUCUAUACGUCGUCGAGGAGAAGGAUUCGUAUCUCGAUUCGACAUGGAUGGUUAUCGUUACCAUGACAACUCUUGGAUAUGGUGACGUAGUGCCGGUGACGUUGAUUGGUCGAUUAAUUGCCGGAUUAAUGUCAGUUCUCGGUAUCUUUCUGAUGGCAUUGUUGAUUUCAGUUAUACACGAGACAUUGCAGCUAAGUCAGAGUGAGAAAAGAAUCUUAGCUCAUCUUGAAAAUGCGGAUCACAACAAUGAAAAGAAGACGGCAGCUGCGAAGUUGAUCCAGAGUUACUGGAGAUUUUACAGUUACAUCAAUAAUAACCGUGAAAGGUUGGCAGAGAAACGCCUUCGUCAGGUCGUCCGUUUAAAAAAGCUGAAGAAUCAUUUGUAUACAAAUCUUCAUAAUUGGAGGGAACGAAAGAAAAUUAAUGCCGAUCACUGGUACAAGGAGUUCAUUGCUGAUGACAUCGCGAUGAUGGUGACUGACGUUGGUCGAGCCGUAGACAAGAUCCAGUUUACACUCAACCGAAUCGGGUAUUCUCAAAAAAGGCAAUCAUCGAUGCUUAGAAAAGAUACUGUUAAAGAAAGCACAAUUUACGAAGAGGAGGAGGGAAAUCAGAAUCAGACGGGUGCUGACCAGAGGAAAAAAAGAUCCCAAUCGGAUCCCAAUCAUGCUUCAAUAAAUCAUGUUGGUUAUCCAAUUAUUGAUGAUGCUAGCCAAGAAAACCAUGGGUUACCUAUAAAAAUAAUCCUUCCCCCAAAUGGUAUGCACGAAAGGAUGUCAAAUAACGAUUCAAGAACUUUCCAUGGCGAGACAUCGCGCAAAGAAAUUGAAAUUAAACUCGAGUCUAUGGAAAAUUACUUGGAUGGAUUUUACACUAAAGCGAAGUCUGAUGUGCGUGGCAUUAGAAAAUUGAUCCAAGAUGAAAUGUAUGAAACCUAAGAGCGUGAAUUAAGCUCAGAAGUGUUGUAUUGGAAUAAAUUAAAUGUGGUGGUGCAGUCCUGGUGUUCGGAAUGGAUUGUUGACAUUCUGGGUGAAGGUGCAUUGUUGUUGAUCGCAACAAAUAACAUUUAUCCCGCGAAUUGCGUCCAAAGACCGCUGGUUGAACAAAACUAGUGUUUGGUGAACAAAACGAGCAGUUUCCUGUCCCAACGCACAAUGGAAAACCGGACACGUUAAGUGCGAUAGAUAUUAUGUGCAGUGCUUGUAUACACCGAAUGUUUUGAAGGCACGAUAAUUGCAUGGUUCAGCCAUGAGCCAGUAUUCUCAUGCAAUUUAUAACAGAUCGAAAGAUUAUUGGAUAGCAUUGAAAAUUGCUGAAACUUUUUGUUACGGACAUUAAAUUAUACCCAAGAUAUUAUGUUUACUGUACUUUAAAAUGAAUAA